GGCCUUAACGGAGACAGUUGUGAAGUCUUACUUAUGUGGCCAAGUGAGGAGGAGGCACAUGGUUUUUACCGAGCACAUUUAUCGAGACGCUUAAGUUAAUGAAAACAAGUUGUCCGUUAUAGGGUUGUCAGCCGUGUUUAGUCACCGCCUUUACCUUCCGACCCAUACCGACAUAUCUCAGCCUUUAGUAUCAUGCCGUAAAGAUUUCUUGCUAUAAUAAUGACGAACAAGUUCACGCCGAGCUUUUACUAACAGAACAUUAUGCACACAUGCACUCAUAUAUCGAUAACACACCGGAAGUGAUUCUAUGUUGAUCUAAAAUGGCUGAAAGCAACACGCAGCUCGCAAUAAAAGAUGAAAGGCAAGUUUGCAAGUCUCAAAAUUACGUUGGUUCACUUGUGGAGCUGACUGGCAAAGACAAGAGGAAACUGAAAAGACCGCCAAGAGUGUUCAGUGAACAGUUCGUCGUGUACGUCGAGCGAGAAAUGGAGAAGUGUACCGGCGCCUCCGACGAAGAAAAGUUCCAGAUACACCGAGAAGUGUUUCAGUAUCUUACCGAACAGUUCGGUGAGCACCGUCAGAUCCUGUGCGACGUUAAGGCUCAAUACGACGCUGCCAUCAAGCGUCGGGAUGACCACAUCCGUGGUUUAGAGGAAAGCGAGCGUCAGCUGAGCGCGGAGAGAGAGCGGCACACGAGGCGGCUCAAGUCGGCUCAGGUGCGGGCCUUCAAAGAGGUGGAGGGGAUGCAGAUGGCGCAGGCGCAGCUUCGACACCGCGUGGCCCUAUUGUGUGAGGAGAGGGAGAAACUGCAAAACCAGCUGGAGGAGGAGCGCGAAGCGUUGCUAGUCGAGCGACGUCGCUUCCGGGAGGAGCACGCGGCACGCCAGGUGGCGCAGGCCGACCUGGAAGAGCUGACACAGCGCUAUGACGCCCUGCUGCGCCGUGGGCCAUUUCAUGUCGGGUCGAGGGUCAGUCAGGCUUGA